UGUUGUAAGUGGCAGAGCAGGCUCAGGAAGUGGUUGAGAAGCAUAAAGGACCCUGGGCCUUGUAUAAAGAAAUACAGAAUACAAGAGCAAGGAGGUCAUGAUGAACCUUUAUGAAACAUUUGUCUGGCUGCAGCUGGAGUUCUGGGGAAUAUUCUGGGCACCACACUUUAGGAAAGGUGUAAAGGCUUUAGCAGAAAAGAUAACCAAAAUGAUUCCAGGGACAGAUCGAGGAAUCUGGGGUCAUUGUCCUUAGAACAGUGGAUGCUGCGAGGGGAUCUGAUAGUGAUUUAUAAAAUCAUGUAGACAGAGUAGAUAGAGUGAAACUUGUUAUUGGCAGAAGGCUCAAGGAUUGGAGGGACUAGAAUGAAAAGCAAAAAAAGUGCAGAUGCUGGAAAUCUGAAAUGGAAACAGAAUACAGUGGAAAUAUUGAACAGGUCAGAGAGCACCAGCAGAGAGAGAAACAGUCAAUAUUUCAGGUUAUUAAGCUUUUAUCAGAACUAGAAAAGUUAGAAGUCAAACAUGUUUUAAGUUGCAGAGGAGGCCCAGUGGAAAGAACAAAGGGAAGUUUGUGGUAGGGUGGAGACCAAGAAAAGACACAUGCUUGUUCAUUAUGGCUGAUUUGUCUGAAGGAAAUGAGUGAGAACACAGAAAAAAAAUGUUGGAACUGUGGGAUACACAACACUGCAGUUGCUGGAAAUCUGAAAUAAAAGAGGAUUUUGGAAAUAACUAGCAGGUCAAAGCUGGAUACAAGAUGAAUGUGAUUGGUAAAAUAACCAAAAGUGAUAAGAUUUUUUUUUGUUUUACAGUGUGAUCUGAAAUACAUUACCAUGUGCAGCAGUGGAGGCAAAUUCAACUGGAGCUUUCAAAAUUGAGCUGGAUAAGCAUCUGAUAGGAAAGUGAUAGAAAUCUGGUAGGGCUAUGGAGAGAAGGCAGAGGAAUUUGACUAGCUAGAUUGUUCUUACCUGUUUGGACUUGACAGGCCAAAAGGCCUCCUUCCCUGCUUUAAUCAUUCUGUGAUUCUAUGAUUAGUCAAUAUUAAGUGGAAUAAAUACCUCAUUGUCACUGAACUGAUAAGGCAGUCAAGAGUCGAACACAUUCAUGGAUCUGGAUUGAUAUAAUGGUCUACAUAGAUUAACUUGCUUUCUCAGUUCUGAUGAAGGGUCUUGAACAUGAAAAGUUAACAGUUUCUCUUUGCACAGAUGCUUCCUGACCUGUUGAGUUUCUCCAGCAGUCUGCUUUUAUUUCAGAUUUCCAGCAUCUGCAUUUUAUUUGAUUUUCAUUCACAUAUUUACACAUUCUAGACCGAGUAAGCACAGCAAUUUUCCUUCCUGAAGUACAUUUGCAAACAAGAUGAAUUUUACAACAAACUGGUAUUUUGUGGUUAAAGAUUGAAUUUCUUGAAUUUAAAUUCCCUAAUUGCCUUGGUGAGAUUCCAACAUCAGUCUCUGAAUCCGUGGUCCAGAAUCCCUACUGCUAGCCUAGUAAUUAUGUUCCCGUGCCCUCGUCUCUUAUAAACCAUUGUACUCAAAUAUUCGACAAAAUAGCAUAAACGCGUUUCAUUCAUUAUUCUACUAAAUCUAAGUUAUUAAAUCGACGGUCGGAUAUAUACCACUUUCCGACAAGUUACAAUGAAUCGCAAGGCAACUACUUCUGCGGCCACAUGAGGCACUCGCCGAAUAACCAUGGGAUGCGAGUGAUGUAUUAACUACACGUAAACAUAAAUUAUUUCAGCUUAGAAGGGAAUACAAACUGUCCUUGGUAAAGGCCGAAAUUUUUACCGCACAUACUUUGCAACUUCCGUGUAGCCUGUUUUGUACAGUAAUACGGCAACUAAAUCCAACUCUUUGCAUCAAUUUAGCAACGAUAUACUCCACCCAGCAAGCCUCGACCUUAUAGUAUCGCCUUGGUUGUGGAAUAAUGAUAUGAAAAUUAAUUAAAACUCCAAAAGGCCCGAUUUAAAGCAAAGUAAGCUGCAGAUAGAAGUCCGAGAGGGCGGGGGUAAACUGAAAGCGGAAAGCGAGUUAAUAAAUUGUAUGCGAAUUUAAUACUGGAUUAACCCAGUUCUCCAGGGAUAGUUUGCAACACCUCGUGAUAUUAUAGUAUGCACUUUUUCUAGUAUUUCCACCUUUUUUCAUAAUUCAAAAUUCUAAAUGAUUUCGACUUAUUUUCGUGGGAGGGUGCAAACCUUCACAAAGCAGCUUCGAGGUUGAAGAAGCGUAACAAUCAUUGCUUGGUCGUUUCCAAAAACAAAUGUAAGGUUUGGUGGCAAACAAAAAAUCCAACAAAAGCAGCAAACUAUGCAAUGUAAAUGGAAUGAUAUGCAUUAAAAAAUGAUCGGACGUGAUGCAACGCAUAAAUGCACAUCAGCAGGCGCUCUUGCCCCCGCCCUCGCCGGACCCAGGGCGUCGCGCGCCCCGGGUGUGAGUCCGGGGACGCGCGACACCGGCAGCGAUCGAGCUCGCGCUCCUUUCAAAUCGAUUCCAUCCCCAGAGAGAGAGGAAAAAAAAGCCAGGUGCUAAAAAUAGACAAGCCGUUUAGCCGGCGAGCGCCCCGAUUGGCGGGCGGCAGUCACGUGCCCAACGGCCAGCUCUCCCUCCCUCGGCUCCGUCUCUUUUAGCUUGUUUGUUCAGCGAGUGUCAGUGAAGCGAGCAAACAUGGCGGAAUCCCUCGGCAGCCGACGCUGAUCGCCUCCGUGCUUUCACUGCGUGGCCAGACGCCUGCCGAGACCCUUGCUGAUCUCAAGCCCGUCCUCUCGCCUUCGCCGCUAACUGCAGCUUUGCAGGUUCACAGUUGGAAGUGGAGUGAAGAAAAUACCUAGUUUGGAAAGAAGUUCUUUGGCUGAAGAACAGGAUGCUUUACUGAUCAAGAGUUUAGUAAUUUACCAAAUUUGUAUGUAUUCCUGGAGCCCUUGGGGGCUGUCAUUUUAUUUGCUUGGAAAAUUUGACCUAUUGAUAACUGCUGCAUCUGCGGACUGUCUAAAUGAUGACCUCUCAAAGCCAUUCAGAUGGACUUUCCGGUCGAGACCAGUCAGUUGAGCUGUUGACUCCCUCAAGAGUGAACCACAUGCCCAGCACUGUUGACAUAAGCACAGCACUGCCUCAAGUCCAGACCAGUACACCAAUGGAUCUUCGGCUUGAUCAUCAGUUUUCAGUGCCAGCAGCCGAUCCCAGUGUGCGAGAGCAGCAGCUACAACAGGAACUGAUUGCUCUGAAGCAAAAACAACAGAUCCAACGGCAGCUUCUUAUCGCAGAAUUUCAAAGGCAGCAUGAGCAGCUCUCACGACAACAUGAAGCCCAACUACAAGAGCACAUAAAGCAUCAACAGGACUUGCUUGCAUUGAAACACCAACAGGAAAUUUUGGAACAGCAGCGUAAACUGGAACAGCAUCGCCAGGAACAGGAGAUAGAAAAGCAACACAGAGAACAGAAACUACUUCUGUUGAAGAAUAAGGAAAAAGGAAAAGAAAGUGCAGUAGCAAGCACAGAAGUGAAAUUAAGACUUCAGGAGUUUGUCCUCAAUAAAAAGAAAGCUGCAGCACAUAGGGCAAUAAACCAUUCCAUUCCAAAUGACCCAAGAUAUUGGUACGGAAAAACCCAACAUGGUUCCUUAGACCAGAGUUCUCCACCUCAAAGCAGCAUGUCUGCCUCAUACAAUCAAACAGUCCUAGGGAUGUAUGAUCCAAAAGAUGACUUCCCACUCAGAAAAACAGCAUCUGAGCCAAACUUAAAGGUACGGUCCAGACUAAAACAGAAAGUGGCAGAGAGAAGAAGUAGUCCUUUACUACGGAGAAAAGAUGGCAGCGCCAUAACCACACUUAAAAAAAGACCCAUGGAUGUUCCAGAUUCAGCUUGUAACAGCGCUCCUGGAUCUGGCCCAAGCUCGCCCAACAACAGUUCUAACAACAUCACUACAGAAAAUGGGAUAGCUGGACCAGCCACCAGCAUCCCAACUGAGCCUACUUUAGCUCACAAAAUUGUUGCUCGAGAUGGCUCUGUGACGCAAUUGCCACUGUAUACAUCACCAUCUUUGCCCAACAUAACUCUAGGUCUUCCAGCCACAGGCCCUGCCAGUGGAGCCUCUGGACAGGCAGAGGGUGAUAGAGUGAGCAUGCAGGGACUCCCAUUGAACACUCCAUUUAUUGCUGGUGCUCAUUUGCCGCACUACAUUGCAACGGCAUUGGAUAAAGAUGGCUCUGGUGGACAUGCACCUCUUUUGCAGCAUAUGGUCUUGUUAGACCAGUCAACACCUCAGAGUCCAUUAGUAACUGACUGGUAUCUUUCAGGAUUGGGAGCGUUGCCUAUUCAUCCACAGUCGCUUGUUGGCCCAGACAGAGUCUCACCUUCUAUACACAAGCUUAGACAACACCGUCCUUUAGGGAGAACACAGUCUGCACCACUGCCACAGAACGCUCAGGCCCUGCAACAGUUGGUCAUACAGCAGCAACAUCAGCAGUUCCUGGAGAAACAUAAGCAGCAGUUCCAGCAACAACAGAUUCAUAUUAACAAGCUGAUUCCAAAGCCUAGCGAGCAGCCCAGGCAGCAUGAAAGUCACCCUGAAGAAACAGAAGAGGAGCUCCGAGAACAUCAGGCCAUGCCAGAAGAACAGUAUUCCGACAGAGGCAUCAACCAGAAUGAGUCGGCGACUAUGACCAAAGUGGUGCAGGUCAAACAAGAACCAAUUGAAAGUGAUGAAGAAGAAGAUCAGCGAGAGGAAUUGGAGCUGGAACAAAGAAAGAGACAGGCAGAACAACAACAGGAGCUACUUUUCAGACAGCAAGCCUUGCUUCUGGAACAGCAACGUAUUCAUCAGCUUCGUAAUUACCAAGCGUCAAUGGAGGCGGCAGGGAUCCCUGUGUCCUACAGUGGGCAUCGUCCCCUAUCCCGAGCACAAUCAUCACCUGCUUCUGCCACUUUUCCUAUCUCUGUUCAAGAACCACCCAGUAAACCUCAAUUCACUACAGGUCUUGUUUAUGAUACACUGAUGCUGAAGCACCAUUGCACAUGUGGAAAUACAAAUAGCCAUCCUGAACAUGCCGGUAGAAUCCAGAGUAUCUGGUCUCGACUCCAAGAGACAGGCCUGCGCAGCAAAUGUGAGUGUAUCAGAGGAAGAAAAGCAUCAUUGGAAGAACUACAAACUGUUCAUUCAGAGCAGCAUGCAUUACUGUAUGGCACAAAUCCAUUGAACAGACAGAAGCUGGACAGUAAGAAACUACUAGGUUCCAUCACCCCAAUGUUUGUUAUGCUUCCUUGUGGCGGACUUGGGGUGGACAGUGACACAAUUUGGAAUGAGAUCCAUUCGUCUAGUGCUGCACGUUUAGCGGUGGGCUCUGUGAUUGAGCUUGUUUUCAAAGUGGCAACCAAGGAAUUAAAGAAUGGAUUUGCGAUUGUGAGGCCUCCUGGUCACCAUGCAGAGGAGAGUACACCAAUGGGAUUCUGCUACUUCAAUUCUGUAGCCAUUGCUACUAAACUCCUGCAACAGAGGUUGAACAUCAGCAAGAUCCUUAUAGUGGACUGGGAUGUACAUCAUGGUAAUGGCACCCAGCAGGCUUUCUACAAUGACCCCAAUGUGUUGUACAUUUCACUGCAUCGCUACGAUGAUGGCAACUUCUUCCCAGGCAGUGGGGCCCCAGAUGAGGUUGGGACUGGCGCAGGUGUAGGAUUUAAUCUCAAUAUGGCUUGGACUGGUGGUUUGGAUCCACCAAUGGGUGAUGCUGAAUAUUUGACUGCAUUUAGGACAGUGGUGAUGCCCAUUGCUAAUGAGUUUGCUCCUGACAUGGUACUUGUAUCCUCUGGAUUUGAUGCAGUGGAAGGACAUCCAGCCCCUCUUGGAGGCUACAAAGUCUCUGCUAAAUGUUUUGGCUACCUUACCAAACAGCUGAUGGGUCUGGCUGGAGGCCGUGUCGUGCUAGCCCUGGAAGGGGGCCACGAUCUCACUGCCAUUUGCGAUGCCUCAGAAGCAUGUGUUUCUGCUUUACUUGGAAAUGAGCUUGAGCCAUUUUCACAAGAUGUAUUGCAGCAAAGGCCAAAUCCGAAUGCUGUUCGCUCCAUUGAGAAUGUAAUCGAAAUACAGAGUAAAUACUGGAAGUCGCUCCAGCGAUUAUCCUCCACAGUCGGCUACUCACUGAUAGAGGCCCAAAAGUGCGACAAGGAAGAAGCUGACACAGUGACAGCUAUGGCCUCGUUGUCAAUGGGAGUUAAACAAGGACCUGAUGCUGAGAAGAGGCCAGAUGAUGAACCCAUGGAGGAAGAGCCACCAAUGUAGUUGCCAGCUGGAGUUCUCUCUUUUGCACACAAUAUCUUUAUUUCUCUAACUCUGCCAGACUUCAUUCUGUAUCUCCUGUGUCCUGCUGUGGUGUUCUUCCAGAAUACAAGGACAACUGGGCAAAAUGCUGGCAAUAAACAAAAAGUAAAGAUUUUUUUACCUCUGUCCAUUCCUGAAACAGGUUUGUGGGACAGCCAGCAUUUACUUUGGCAGAGUCACCAAGGAGGUGUAAUCUCAAAAGCUCUGCUCUGAGUUUACCUACUCAAAAGUUCUCCUGUCUCAGGCAGUCAACCACUGUUUCUAUUGUUCUUGUCCUUUAACGAAGGAGUUCAUGCCAUCUAUGAGUCCAGAUGCAUUGAUUGUAAUCUCAACAAAACCAAGUGGCAUACAGUAAUAAUUCGAAGAACAUUACAGUGUGGCAAGAAAGACUAUACAAGAAUGGAAGAGAAGCAUGGGGUAUUUUCUAAGAAGCCCUUUGAAGACAUGAGCGUUUGUGCCUUUUUAACAACAGAUGGUUGCUGACUUUUGACUUGGGGAGCAAUGCCUUAAAAGUGUGGAAAUAAUUCCUCCACUGUUGUGAUGUGGAAAAGACGGUGGUGAAGCCUCUUUCCUGGCAUGCGUGCAAAAAAGGUCCAGUCACUAGCUGGAUUUUCAUACCUAGUUGGAGUACCAUUUUUGCUGUUUUUUCCAAACAAAACCUAGCCUAUUUUAAGGUAGUUGCCAGUCCAGAGUGGCAGAUUAUACUGUUGAAAAUUGUCAGGUUAUCAUUAAAACCUGCUUUACUUAUUAUGCUGGGUUUAUAUAACACUGAGUAGUAUAGGGAAUCAACCAAUAACAAAGCAUGUGUUAGGUUGACUUGCAACAGAUAAACAUGUUUAAAGAUUGGAAUGUUAAUCAAAAGCAUGAUACAGGACUUUUUUUUUUCCAACUUCCACUUCUGUGGUCCUCAUUUCUAAUAGAAACUGAAAACAUAAACCAAUAAUAAUCUGUUAUCCAUUAGACAAUAAGAGGGUUUUUUGACAAAAAGACCAGGUAAUUUGUUAAUAGUACAGGAGAUAAUCAUGUACAAAUGUUUUCUUAACAGACCAAGUUUGAUUUUAUUAUGUGGGCACUUACAGGAGAAAUGAUGGCUUUUACUGAAGAUGAGAGAAGAUGGAUUGUGGACACUUAGAGGAGCACCUCACUAUGAAUGUUUGUGGUCAGACUUGGCAACUACCUUAACCAUUGCAUUUUUUUUAUUUGUGUUCAUUUUUACUCCUGGUAAACCAUUUAACAAAAUAAUAUCUACUUUUUAUAUAAAGAGAUCCUUACAAGUUUUUAAAUCAUGUUUCAUAAGACCUAAUAACUUGUUUUUUUUAUUACUUUUUGGUGAGAAUUCCAGUUACUUUACCCACUGGUAUUUUGAUGAAAUUCUUUUUUUUAAAACUUUUUUGUGAUUACUCCUUGGUUCCAGUCUAAUUUUAAUCUUCUGUACUUUUUUUCCCCCCACAUGGAACAUAGCUUUCUGAUGGCUUAAAGAAGUGUACUGGACAUUUUCAGGAGGAUGUACUUUGAGUGAGGGAUCUUGUUCAAACUUUGUGUAACAAUUCCAGUUGGUGUAUAUUACUAUAUGUUCUGUUAUAAGUAGAUUUAUAAAUGAAGUCUUGUAAGAAUAGUAUUGCAAGGUGAUAUCAUACCCAUUUAAAUAUGAGUAAUACUACAGUGAUACUAUAUUUGAUAUUUGUAACUGGUUGCACUGCAGAAGGCUGCCAUUUGCUAAGGGGGAAUUAGCAUUAAGGUUUUCAGUUGCUCCACUCUGAAACCAAGAAGGAAGAGUGAUUUUUUUUUGUUGAAGGACUGAUUGUUUUUACAUUGUGGUCAGGAGCUGUGCUUAUCAGCUAUUGACAGGGGUGGGAAGUGCUUGGCCCUGGGCCCAUGGUUGAUUCCAUUCUGCAGGUGCUUGGGUUGGCCCCAGAAUGUGACUAAUGCUGAUUGAAGCUUGCGCUGUAAAACAGCAUUACCGCUGGAGUGUGGGAGAAGGCACACUGUCCUGCCAUCUGUUAAUGUACACAAGCACGCUCACUCCGGAAUUUAUGGGACAACUGACAUGGGGGUCAUUAACUAGUAACUUUUUUCUCUGAGUAAAUGGUUUUCAUUCCUCCUUUUUGUAAUGGUUGCUUGAAGCUUAAUGAAUUUAGCGCUGUGAGGAGUAUGUGGAGCAUGUGUGCGUGUGCGAGAUGUUUGGCAACACUGAAUAAGGGCACUACUGUAUUUUUGUUUUAAAACAGAUUUACACAACAUAAAAUAUAACCAGCUGUAAUCUUUAAGAUAGUGUUCCACACUUUCUAUAGGAUUAUGUAUGUUUGAUUGCAAAGCAAUUAACACAUCAAUUCUGUGACUUUUAAGAAACUGUUUGCAUCUACUCUUGAUGUUAAACAUUCCUUUAAAUAAGUGGAGUUAAGUAUUCAUUCCUUCUUUUGAUAAGGUGAAUUUAAACAUUGUUUUUAAAGGGCCCAUUGUUUGUUUUUCUUUUAAGGGGCAUUGAUCUUUUUUCAUUUAAGGGGAGUCAGUGAGCUUGCAUGUGCCACAAACAGAAGAUACCAUUUUGUUCUGUACAGGUAUGCACGCAAUUCGCAACAAGUUAUUUCUGGGGCAGGUUACCAAGUUUUGCUUUUUUUUCCUUGGCAUCUGCAGACGAGGAUUGACAUUUUUUUUCUGAUGAACAUAACAGAAAACCUCAGAAGGAGAUGCCUCUUUUAUUGAAAUAUCUUCAAAUAUCACUCUUUAAUACUGUUAUAAAUUGAUACUUAAAUUUGACAAAAAAACAAUUAUCUAGCACUUGUGUCAUACAAAUAGACUAUUGCAUAAUCUGCAUAUAAAAAUUUUAAGAACACGGCAAAGAAAACUUGUAAAACUGUUAACUGCCUGUGUCGUCUUGGGGCCAACCCUUUUGAGACAAGCAAUUUUUUUCUGGACUAAGUAUUUAAGAUCAUAAACAAUUAACCUUUCAGCGCAGCUGUUCUUUAUCUCUGCCACCAUAAAUCGUGUAGCGGUAAUCCACUUAGCAGUUGUGUAUUGUGAUCGAUGUGGAUGAAUAUUUACAAAGAAAGGUUUUUUUGGGGGUGAUAUUGUUGUUACGAAGCAGGAGUGAUGGCUACCUGACAGCCUCACUUUCCUUUGUUUUGAUAUUGACUGCAAAGUAUCACGUUACGGUGUAUUACAUUUUGUGCUCCAUAGUGGAGGCGCCUUUUGUUUUCUUUUCCAGUUUGAGGGGAGGAAAGAGUGUGAGAAGAGUUUUAAAGUUAGUUCACCCAAAAUCUUUUAUUUCAGGUAUGUAGUAAUGGAAGUUGUAACUAUAUUUUAUCCUUCUUUGUACCUAUCCACACACAAAAUGACGCCACCAUUGUUAUCAGUACCAGUAAACUGAUUUUCUGUAUUUUAGCCACAAUCAAUUAUUGUAUGGACCUACUUUAUUGGUGAUAGCCUUAUUGUGGUAGCUUUUGAUGGUCUUCAUUUGCCUGUUGAAAUGGGUCAGCCUUUUAGACUGACUAAUGGUGUAUCUCCUUGACAGUACAGACUUCAUUUUUGACUUUAUUAGGAGUCCAGUAUUUUGUACCACAUUAUGACAACUUGCUAUUGUGGUGUAAAUAAAACUAAUUACAACAUCACA